AUGAAGUGGUUAUGCAUCCACGGCACAGGUUCUUCUGCCACCAUCUUCCAGGACCAACUUGCGGCUGUAACCGCCCACUUGCAGCCAUCAGAGCAUGCAUUUCAUUUCAUCAACGGCCCUUUCACGUCCAAAUCAGCUGCCGGCCUGGAUCUCCGCUAUCCAGAUGGCCCCUACUACACGUGGUGGCAAAAGGCAACUGUGCCCGAUAUUAAAGCAGCCUGUCAAAACUUCCAUCAAUAUCUGAUUCAACAUAAAGGUGACACGUACGAGGGGGUGGUAUGCUUUUCUAGAGGAUGUCUCCUGAUCGCCAGUUACAUCUGGUUUCACCAGGCAGAGAAGCCUACCGAGGCACUGCCCUUCAAAGCCGUCGUAUUCCUUUGCGGCGGUCCAGUCUUAUCGGUGCUAGAAGAGCUAGGAAUGACCAUCUCUGAAGAAACUCACAAGUGGGAUAGGCAGACUAAAGUAGCUCUCCGUGAACGAGCAUCCAAGGAAGCGAUCCUGAAAUGGGGAAGGGAUAGAUGGACCACUGUCGGAGGGAAUGGUGACACCGACCUACAGUUAGAUCCGUCAGCCCUAAUUGACGCCUCAAAUGUAUUUGGGCUGGAUACGGUGCAGAUGCCUCAGCAGCUGCGAAUUAAUAUUCCAACGCUCCAUGUCUACGGGCGAGUUGACCCUCGGCUGCCGGCCUCACUACAACUAAGUUAUUUAUGCGAGUCAACAAACCGAUUGACAUAUCAACAUGAGGGUGGACAUAACAUUCCACGAAGCUCCUCGGCAGCCCAAGGUAUUGCGCGGUUAAUCGAUGAAUGUGCUCAGAUGAUAAAGUGA